GGUGCCGGAGGGGGAGGGGGUUCGGCUGUUUUUCUGGAGAGUUACAGCCAGAAAGAGACAAAGCAAGGGGCAGGCAGCAGGCGCCAUGGAGCUGUGGUCCCAGGUCCUGCUAUGGGAACUUGUGCUUCUACAGAGCUCUACUGUCCUUCCAUCCUCAGGGCCCUUGGGGCCCGCGACCAGCGACAGCUCAGUGGUGUCUGAGUCUGCAGUGACCUGGGAGGCAGGCAGCCAGGCAGUACUGCGCUGCCAGAGCCCACGCAUGGUGUGGACGCAGGACCGGCUGCACGACCGCCAGCGUGUGGUGCACUGGGACCUGGGCGGUGGCCCUGGCCCUGCACGCCGGCUGGUGGACAUGUACUCUGCUGGCGAACCACGCGUGUACGAGCCCCGGGACCGUGGCCGCUUGCUGCUGUCACCCUCUGCCUUCCACGACGGCAACUUCUCCCUGCUCAUCCGAGCGGUAGAGGAAAGCGAUGCGGGGCUGUACACCUGCAACUUGCACCAUCACUACUGCCACCUGUAUGAGAGCCUGGCUGUGCGCCUGGAGGUCACCGACGACCCCCGGGCCGCGAGCGCGCACUGGGACGGUGAGAAGGAGGUGCUGACUGCGGUGCGCGGCUCGCCCGCGCUGCUGACCUGCGUGAACCGCGCGCUCUUGUGGACCGAGCGGCACCUGGAGGAAGCACAGCAGGUUGUGCACUGGGAUCGCCAGCCCCCUGGGGUCCCGCAUGACCGUGCCGAUCGCCUGCUUGACCUGUAUGCAUCCGGGGAGCGCCGCGCCUACGCGCCUCCAUUCCUGCGCGACCGCGUGGCAGUCCGCGCCGACGCCUUCGCGCGCGGGGACUUCUCACUGCGCAUCGACCCGCUGGAGCCGGCUGAUGAGGGCACUUACUCCUGCCACCUGCACCACCACUACUGCGGCCUGCACGAGCGCCGGGUCUUCCACCUGCGCGUGGCCAAGCCCGCCGCGACGCCGCCGCCCCCGCGCCCCUCGCCAGGCUCUGCCCCAGACCCCACGCUGGUGCGAGGGCGCAGCGUCAUCAAUGUCAUCGUCCCCGAGGGCCGGGCGCACUUCUUCCAGCAGCUGGGCUACGUGCUGGCCACGCUGCUGCUCUUCAUCCUGUUGCUCAUCACCGUGGUCCUGGCCACCCGCCAGCGCCGCCGCGGAGGCUAUGACUACACAGACCAGAAGUCUGCGAAGGCCAAAGGGAAGGACGUGAACAUGGCAGAGUUUGCAGUGGCUACAGGGGACCAGACUCCCUAUAGGAGCGAGGAUAUCCAGCUAGAUUACAAAAACAACAUCCUCAAGGAGAGGGUUGAGCUGGCCCAUAGCCCCCUGCCUGCCAAGAGUGUCGACCUGGACAAAGAGUUCAGGAAGGAGUACUGCAAAUAAAGGGAUGCUGGGCUCCUUGACUGGGCCGGCAGCUGCCCCGGAGGACUGUGGAUGUCCCCAGGACCUCAGAUGGCUAACUGACUUCCUCCCAGCGGCUGGUCCCGCUUUCCUGAAGUUGGCCUGAGGUUGGCUGGCACAAAGUAACUGGGGCACCAUCUUCCUUCUGAAGAAGUUACUGUGGGUUUCUGAGGACUCUGCUGCAGCAUGGCCACCACUCUUCAGCCACCCUUGGCCACCCCCUCACAACACACCCCAAGUCCCAAUGGUGCCCAUCAAGCCCUUGGGCCCUCCUGGCCCCUGUCUGCCGGGGAGGACACCCCAGAGGGGUCUCAGUCAGGACUGAGCAGCCGUGGGAAGCUGGAGUAGCCUCAGGGCUGGCACCUCAUUCCUCUCAGGGGAGCCCCCAGUGGUCUUUCCAGGCUGCACGGGGCACCCACAUGUUACUCAAGAGUCCUGCCCAGCUGCCCUCUGUCCUGUAUGGAAACUGAGGACUCCUGCUCUACUGCUUUGGACCACGGGAGGCUGCUGUGGCCUUUCCUGUGCUUCUGACCCUUCUCCAGCUAUUUCCACAAGCCACCUGUGGUCAUCGCACUCUAUGUGACCUCUGACAUCCACACCCCUCCCUGGGCUGGAGUCUGGGGCAGGGGCCGCGUUUGGCUUCUGUUGUGGGUGAGAACGGGGUGGGGGAUGACAACGGAUCUGGGUGGCCUGUGCUGCCACGCUGACACCCCAUGUGUUCCUGCUGGGGGAACUGCUGCAUCACAAUAAAGCCCAUGUCUGAUUUUUA